AUGGCAUCGAAACCGGCCGACCUCAGCCCUGCAGACAAACAGUGGCUCGCUUUCCGCGAGAAGCACGACGCUGAACUCCAAGGCUUCCAGCGACACGCAACGGAGUCAUAUGCCAAGUUUCAGGCCAACGUCAACAAAGAGCGAGCUAUCAUUCUCGCAAAGCAUAAGAGAGAAGAGGAAGAGUUCUGGAAUAAGGCAAAGGCAGCAUUAAACAAGGGGGCGACGAAAAAGCUGGGUAACAAGACUGCCAGGUCUAAGACAGGUGUGCAGAGUCAAGCAAAUCGCCGUGAAGCUGCUGCAACACCAAAGGCUACUCCUGCUAUCAAGAAGACGCCAGCGCCAAGGUCAAAAGCACCACCCAUACCUAAGCCAGCAAGCAACACGACCACACCAGCCGCAGGUUCGAGGAACAAGAACGCCGCCGUCGCAAUCAUCGAUCUUUGUUCCGACGACGAUGACGAUGAAAUAGUGUUGGUCAAGGAGAAGCCUACUUUGCAGAUAGCUGGGCAAGAACCUAUCGCGAAAGACCCUCCCGACUUGUUUGACAAAAGUGGAAACGCAGGUACGACGAAGGCGGAAAAGUUCAAGCGUGAACACAGCGUCUUUGCUCAACAGUCCCAACAUAUAUAUACACAGUCGCCUGCAGUAUCCACAAGCAACACUCCCGGCGUGCACGUCUCGAACUCUGUCACAUCUCAGCAUGCACCAGUAGCUACUCUUAGUACACAGCCGAGCCCGGCCCGGGCAGUGGACUUUGGCGACUGGGCGAAUGUGUCUCGCAUGCCAGAUACUCGUCAAGGAAAGGCAUGGACUCUUGGAGAUAGACCAUUAUCGGCUUCCUCUCCGUGGGCUACCCCCACAAUCUCUGCUUCACAGGGCGUACAUCCGACGAGCGGUUUCGCUCCUUCGAGGCUCUCUCAAGACCACCAGCCAGACAAGUCUCAAUCGCAACGAGGUGUAGGCCACCAACUAGGCCAGUCAUCGAUGUUACAGGAAUCAGCGUUCCACGGCCUUCCGCGAGGCGACCACAGAACUAUACAAGCGAAGGGUCCAGCCUACUUCUUGAAUGGCUCACUUGAAAUUUCACAAGAUCUUGGACUCAGAGAGACGUUUGGUUCUGAUUCCGUCACGAAUCCUGCGACAGAAAGCGUGCAGAGCAAUCAUCGUAAUUCGGAUUCGAAUGAUAUUGACAUGUUGAUGCAUGAAGCCCCGCGUACCCCGACAAAGCCACAGCUGUACACUCCCUACAUGCUUCCCUCGCCUCAAGAUAGCCCUCGUACUCCUACCACUCCCAGAACCCCCAGCUUCAGGAAGCCCUUCCUCCCAGCCAGUGCCACUAAAGAAAGCAUCGCUGUUGUUAGGGGUGUUCGAGCUGGGUCACAGACUUCUCCUUCUGCACCCGCUUAUUGCGCCUCGAGUGUCUCGCAAAGUCAACGUGAUACAUCAGUCGCAUCGCAUACUUCUUUCUCUUCUUGUGCGAGCAGACGCAAGCGAAAAGUGGUUGACAUCAGCAGUGAUGAGGAGAGUGACUAUGCUCCACCAUCCGAUGACGAAGAGCCCGGGUCCCCUGUUCUGACGGACAAGGCGCUUAAGAAUGUGAAGAAGCAGAUAGCUAGGCCAGCGACCAAGAAGGCUAGAUUGCCUCCACCACUCCCACCAGCUUUAGCCUCGAAAGGUGUGUACAACAAGGGUAAGAACGUCUUCGGCUUCACGAAAUCGCAGAUACCCGUACCCAAGGUCAACAGCCAGACUGCCGUCGCAUUACCGACCACUCCGCCGCGUGCGCCCACCAGAAAGCCUCAGCCGACUACACCAUCAACACCGACACCUGCGUCUCAGGAGUCCAAGGUCAUCACGUUGAAGACUCAAGUAGCAACCGCAUCGCGCUCACCUCGAAAAGCCAAGCUUGAUGCGACUGCAAAGAUUACUCAGCUCAGCGAAGCCGAGUUACAAGCGCAGACCAACAUUGCUAUCGAAGAAGCGAACGAGCGCGAGGAAGCAGCAUCUGAAGCUGGGGUCUUCGAGCAAGUCAGAGGUGGUAUGCGAACCAUGUCAAUCACACCCGCUCCUAGUACCGCUAGUAACGCUGUAGAGGACGUACAAAUGCUGGCCGACAUUUCUGACUCCGAGAUCACAUCACCAAAACACGGUCCUGGGUGGAAUUCUUGGACAGACUCUCGCUUCAAUGGCGACAGGUAUCUUGCCAAGUCUCGCGCUGCUCGACCCGUAGUAAUAGACGACUCGGACGACUACAACGACCCGGAUAUCAGUAAGUACAGCGUCAUCAACGGCAUUAUCCUGCAUGAUACGGAUCGAGAGAUACUAAGACUGACGGAAGAGCAGCAGAGGCUUAUGAAAUUAAGAAGGACGGAAGGUGGCAGUCGCGCACGUGUAGUGAGCGCAGUUGAGAUGCCGGAGCAUGGUGUGGCUGGGCGGAGUGGGUGGCGUGCAAGAAAGACGAUGAGGUGA